AAUGAAGGUCAAAGAUAAAGAAGAAAAGCAGAGCUGCAGUCGAGACUAACUUCUCUGUGUCUGAGUUUGCUUUUUUCUUUUUCCAACACCUGAGUUAACCAGCGAGUUCAGACAUGUCUUCUGGCACCUACCUGUGGUCUGAAGAUCAGUUCCUGUGCUCUAUCUGUCUGGACGGGACAGAUACGGUCACUACGCCAUGUGGCCACAACUUCUGCAGAACCUGCAUCACUAAAAGCUGGGAUGGAAGCAGUGUCUACAAGUGUCCUCUGUGCAACAAGCAUUUCACCGCCAAGCCUCAGCUGAAGACCAACACUUUGCUCUCUGAGGUGGUUGAUCAGUUCAGACGUGACGCUCACCAACAAGCCGUCAAACCAGGAGAAGUUCCCUGUGACAUCUGCACGGGACCCAAACUGAAGGCCAUAAAAACCUGCCAGGUGUGUGUGCUCUCCUUCUGUCAGACACACCUGGAGCCUCACCUGACCGCUCCACGGCUGAAGAAACAUCAGCUGAUGGAGCCUGUGAAGAACCUGGAGGACAGGAUGUGCAUGGAACACGACAGACCUCUGGAGCUGUUCUGUAGGACCGACCGGAUGUGUGUCUGCUCGCUUUGUCCCGUCUUAGGUCACAAUAACCACAAGCUGGUUCCUCUGAGAGAAGAAUCUGAAGGAACGAAGGCAAAGCUAAGGACGACGGAGGCCGAAGUUCAGAAGAUGAUCCAGAGCAUGCAAAUGAAAAUAAAGGAGAUCAAAGAGUCGGUUAAGAUCAGCAAAGAUGCUGUGGACAGGGAGAAAGCGGGAGGCGUUCGGGUCUUCACGGCGCUGAAGGAGUCUGCUGAGCGAGGCCUGAAGGAGCUCCUCAAGGAAAUCGAAGACAAACAGAAAACUACAGAGAAACAGGCUGAAGACUUCAUCAGAGAUCUGGAACAGGAGAUCUUUGUGCUGACGAAGAGGAGCUCCGAGAUGAAGCAGCUCUCCCAGGCUGAAGACCACCUCCAUGUCAUUAAAAGCUUCUCCUCCCUGAAAGCCACUACACCCACCAAGACCUGGACGGCGGUCAGAGUUCGUCCACCGCCAAUUGACAAGACCGUGGCGAGAGCUGUGGCUCAAGUGGGGGAGGAGAUGAAGAAGAUAAUAAAGGAGGCGGAGCUGAAGAGGGUCCGGCAGUUUGCGGUGGACGUGACUCUGGAUCCUGACACAGCUCAUCCUAAGCUCGUCCUGUCCGAUGACAGAAAACGAGUGGAGGUGGCUGAUGUUUGGAGGAGCCUUCCAGACAACCCCGAGAGAUUUUCCAAGUGUGUUUCUGUUUUAGGCCGGCAGGGUUUCUCUUCAGGCAGAUUUUACUCUGAGGUUCAGGUUAAAGGGAAGACUAAAUGGAGUUUAGGAGUGGCCGCAGAGUCCAUCAACAGGAAGAGAAUAACUCCACUGAGUCCUCAGAACGGGUUCUGGACCGUUAUGUUGAGGAAUGUAGAUGAGUACACGGCGUGUGCUGACUCCCCGGUCCGUCUCCAUCUCCAGCCUGGUCCUGGGAAGGUGGGGGUGUUUGUGGAUUAUGAGGGGGGUCUGGUCUCUUUCUAUGAUGCAGAUGCUGCAGAUCUGAUCUACUCUUUUACAGGCUGUAGCUUCGCUCAGAAACUCUACCUGUUCUUUGAUCCCUGUAACAAUGAUGGAGGUAGAAACUCUGCUCCCAUGAUCAUCUGUCCUGUAAAUCGGGCUGGUCGUUGAUCUGUUGACGCGCCAUGCAGAACUUCUUUUAUAUAUUUGUUAUUUAGAGCUGAUCAUAAAUAUUUAAGAGUAUUUAUGAUCAGAGGCUUGUUUCACAAAAGCAGGAUUCAGAAAUCCAGGAUCUGAGAUAAAGUCAGGCUCGACAUAAUCAUAAUGGGAUCAGUUCAGUUUCACAAAACCCAAAUCAGGCUCAGGAGGCGCGACUGUGUUGAGCCAGGCUGAAGUAAUUCAGGUGAAUGCGCCUCUACAGAUUUCUUCCAACAGACCAUGAGAGCUACCUUUUCCAUGCUAGCUGGACAAGAUAAGUUCCCAUGGCAACAUAUGCACCACUGCUUUUGUGAAACCGAAUCAAAGCUCAAUUCAGCCAGGAUAUCCAGAAGCCCGGCUCAUUCCGCUGCCCUGGUUUUGCGAAGCAGGCCUCCAGUUCGUGGUUCUGCUGCAAAAUAUUCUCCAAAAACUGGAAACACAAAUAAACUCAUUUAAAGCUAGCAGUCAAAUAAGACUGAAAAACACAAAUAAUCUUAGAUAAUGACAACAGAUAUGCUAAAGAGACCCGGCUGUUUAUAAUUUUGGGCCUUUUAGAAGCAGGUUUGGGUCCUCAGUUCUGGACCAGAACCAGAACCAGUCACAUGUUCCCCCUGCAUCACUUUCAUGUUCUCUUCUCUUUCUCCGAGCUGAACUGUUGGUUGGAUCAUUGAAUAGAAGUAAAAUAUAUGGAGACUAAUUAUUUUGUGUUAUCUUUACACAAAUAUAUUUGUGUUUCAAUAUAUUUCUUUACUUUUAUUGUAACUGGUGUUUAGUUUGUUUUUAUUUGAUCCAAUCAGAUUAAUUCUGUACUGUACUCUAGAUAAACUAAUAAUAGUAUGAAGGGACAGACCCGGUUGGUCGGUAACUAAAAUGACAGAACUGUCUGGUCUGUCUUUUAUUUUGAUGUGUAAAGUUGCAUCAUGAUCUAGAAAAUUGACCUGUUGGAUGUAAAACAAUAAAUAAAUAAAUAUAAUCAUUCAUCAAAAAUACACCAAAUUAUUUUUUUGUUGGAAAAAUGUUUUCUCAUCAUGAUUUUUAUCUUUUCCUUAUCUACUUAUAUUUACACAUAUGUUUUUCUCAAUAUGUUAGUCAUCAUUUGGUACUUAGUCAUUACAUUGUUUGCUAAUUGUUGUUUAUGUUCUUAUAUAUCCUACAUUUCCAGAGAGUUUAACUAUGGAAAAAUAUGGCAUUAACUUUGCUCAUUGUAAAAAAAAAUUUUUUUGAAGUAAUUAGUUCAUUUCCUGUCUGUAAGAUGAUUGUCUUCUGCUAGGGGUUUUUGCAAGGUUGAAAAAGCAUCCGCUUUAGUUUUGCGCAGGCUUAGGCAAUGUACCGUUUAUAAGCACAAUCUUUUCUAAUGGUUGUUAAAGAACGUUGUGAUCUAUGAACUUUAUGUAACUCACUGUAUUUUCUCCUUACUGCAAGUAAAACCCAGUGAAACAACAA